ACUUGUCCCUUCCGUUAGCCUCCUUGUUCAUCCGCUUUUUUUCCGCUAGCAGAGAACCACUCGAUCGUCACAAUGGCGACCGCGAUCUCCCUCUCUGCACGCGUUCCUACCGUGCUGAAGGCAUCUGAGAAGAGGACUGUUGCCGAAGCCAGCAAUGUGACUGAGCUGGCCUUUUCUCGAUCCUUCCGCGUCAACAACAGUCCCAAGGUCUCAUGCAAACACGUGAAGGGAACGAAGGCUUCGAGAUGCGUAGCAACCAGGGCUGCUAUUGCGACCGAGAAGCCUCCCACUGAUUCUGCUUCCAAGGGGAAGAGCAAGAUCCGCAUCGGAAUCAAUGGUUUCGGUCGCAUCGGUCGUCUUGUUCUCCGCGUUGCUCUGGACAGGCCUGAUGUGGAGGUCGUUGGCAUCAACGACCCCUUCAUCGACACUGACUACAUGGCUUAUAUGUUCCGCUACGAUAGCUCACACGGCACUUACCCCGGCGAUGUUCACGCUGAGAGCGCCACCGCCAUCAACAUAGACGGCCAAAGCAUUGCUGUUUUCGGAAAGAGGGACCCAGCUGAGAUUCCUUGGGGUGAAGCUGGUGUCGACUUCGUGGUGGAGUCCACUGGCGUUUUUACCACUGUCGCCAAGGCCGAGGCCCAUAUCAAGGCUGGAGCGAAGAAGGUGGUGAUUACUGCUCCUUCAGCAGACGCUCCCAUGUUCGUGAUGGGAGUGAACAACGAGAAGUACCUCCCUACCAUGAACGUUGUUUCCAACGCCAGUUGCACCACCAACUGCCUGGCUCCCCUCGCCAAGGUGGUUCACGAAGAGUUUGGCAUUCUCGAGGGACUCAUGACCACUGUUCACGCUGUCACAGCGACUCAGAAGGCUGUUGAUGCGCCAUCAGCUAAGGACUGGCGUGGUGGGCGGGGAGCCGCACAGAACAUCAUCCCCAGUGGCACUGGUGCUGCCAAGGCGGUGGGCAAGGUGCUUCCUGCCCUGAACGGCAAGCUGACUGGCAUGGCCUUCCGUGUGCCCACCCCUGACGUGUCUGUCGUUGACCUCACUGUUCGGCUGGAGAAGGGAGCCAGCUACGACGAGAUCAAGGCUGCCAUCAAGGCUGCAUCUGAGGGCUCCCUGAGGGGUUAUUUGGGUUACACCGAAGAUGAUGUUGUCUCCACUGACUUUUUGGGUGACCCCAGGUCGAGCAUUUUCGAUGCCAAGGCAGGAAUUGCCCUCACGCCUAACUUUGUCAAGCUGGUGUCGUGGUACGACAACGAGUGGGGCUAUAGCAACCGAGUCAUUGACCUCGUGGAGCACAUGGUGGCAGUUGCAGUUGCCGAUGCCGGCAACUAAAGCAUAUACAUUAGCCAUAGAAUUGUGUUCAGCAAUGGCUUGUCAUUUUCCUCAUUGUUAAUGGAAAAUGUGUUGCAGAUUGUGUUGGAAGAGUCUUGUUCACUA